CGCACCACCGGCGAUCCAUGGAAGUCAAAUACGUGGUGGUGGUUUAUGUUAUAGAGUUAUAAUUAGUUCGCAGCACACUUCCACCACCACCACCGGCGGAUCCAUGGAAGUCCUGAAAGACCCGAAUUCAAACCCGGGUCGGACCGACGAUUCCGAAUCUGAGCUCGAACUCUACACUAUUCCAAGCUCUUCCAAAUGGUUCGCGUGGGACGAGAUUCACGAAACGGAGAGAACAGCGUUGAAGGAGUUCUUCGAUGGAACCUCGAUUUCAAGAACGCCCAAGGUAUACAAAGAGUACAGGGAUUUCGUGAUCAACAAGUACAGGGAAGAUCCUUCAAGGAAGCUCACGUUUACCGAGGUGCGGAAAUCGCUGGUGGGCGAUGUCACGCUCCUCCGCAAGGUUUUCCUCUUCUUGGAGAGCUGCGGUUUGAUCAACUACGGCGUUGGGGAGGCGGAGAAGGAGGAGGAGAGGGAGGAUGAGGAGGAGGGGGAGGGGGAGAGGUGUAAGGUUAGGGUUGAGGAAGGAGCGCCUAAUGGGAUCCGUGUGGUGGCUACGCCGAAUUCGUUGAAGCCUCUUUCGGCGCCUCGCAAUGCGAAGAGUGGUGGUGGUGGUGGUGGUAGUGUGAGUGGUGGUGCUGGGGUUAAGUUGCCGCCGCUGGCGUCGUUCGCGGAUGUUUAUGGCGAUUUAAUGAGUGCUAAGGAGUUGAAUUGUGGGAUUUGCGGUGAUAAGUGUGGUUUUGAACAUUACAGAAGCACCAAGGACAAUUUCACUAUUUGUAUGAAAUGUUUCAAAAAUGGGAAUUAUGGGGAGAAAAGGUCUGUGGAGGAUUUCAUAUUAAACGAGUCAAACGAAAAUAGUGUCAAACAGAGCACUGUCUGGACUGAGGGAGAAACUCUUCUCCUUUUAGAAUCUGUUUUGAAGCAUGGAGAUGACUGGGAACUCGUUGCUCAAAGUGUUCAAACCAAGACUAAACUUGAUUGUAUUUCAAAACUCAUUGAGCUGCCUUUUGGGGAGCUCAUGUUAGGCUCUGCUCACAGAAAUGACAACAUUAAUAUUGCUAAUGGCAUUGUCAAUAAUGCAAUACAAGUUCAGUCAUCUUCUUCUGAUCAUCAAGAAACCUCAAAGACACAGAAUCAAACUCCUGAGCUUACAAGUGAAAAAGAGCCGAACGGAGAUGCUGUGAAUGAAAGUCCCUCAAAAAGACAGCGUGUUGCUGCCCUUUCCGAGUCCAGCAGUUCACUAAUGAAGCAGGUGGGUUUGAUUUCUACUUCGGUUGACCCUCACAUCACAGCUGCUGCCGCUGAUGCUGCUAUUACAGCACUCUGUGAUGAAAACUUGUGUCCAAGGGAGAUAUUUGAUGUUGAAGAGGACUAUGCUUCCAGUGCAAACUCUCUAAUUAGUGAUUCAGAAAGAGCCCAUGAGGUUGAAGGUUUAGAGAUGGAUAGGUCCACUCAGGCAGAAAAAGAUGACAGAGGCCCAAAGGAUGACAUACCAUUGCCCCUGCGCUUAAGAGCUGGCAUUGCAACUGCUCUUGGAGCUGCUGCUGCUAGAGCUAAGUUAAUGGCGGACCAGGAAGACAGAGAGAUUGAACAUUUAGUGGCAACUAUAAUUGAAGCACAGAUUGGUAAAUUGCAACACAAGGUUAAACAUUUUGACGAGCUGGAGUUGUUGAUGAAAAAGGAACAUGCUGAAAUAGAAGAGCUAAAAGAUUCUAUCUUGACUGAGCGGAUUGAUGUGCUGCAGAAGACAUUUAGAUCUGGAAUCACUAGAUGGAAGGAUUAUUCUUACGUAAAAUCUUAGACUGGUUUGUAAUUUUUUAUGCAUUUGUAUAGUCUUAGUGCUCUAUGGCGCGUGAUUGGAGCAUCAUUUUUUAAUUUUCUAAAAGCACUCCAGUAAUCAGCUCA